AUGAGGAUGUUAUGUCUUGUGAUAUUUGCGCUUAUGAUGAUAGUUCGAGCUGAAGAAGGAUUAUUGGAUGACCAUUUAUUCGACACUGAUGUUGAAGAAUUUGCCUUACAAGACGAUGAUCUCUUUGGCAUCAACUUGGCACAAACCGCCAAAGGCUUAUUAGGCAAAGCCACUGCCUCUUUUGGGAGUAAAGACAAGAAAGUUUCCUUUGGUCUUUCAAGAGGUGCUGAUGGUAAAAUCAAAGCGAAUGGUGGCUUGAAUAUUGGUGGUUUUGGGAUCAAUUUAGGGUCUGACAGUGGGUUAUCCACUUCAUAUCAGAAUGGUGACAACAAAGUGUCCUUUGGUUUAAAACGGGACGAGAAUGGGAAGUUAGUGUCUAAUGCACAAGCCAAUUUAAAAGUUGGAGGUGCUGAUAUCAAUGUUGGCUAUGGCGAUAACGGCGAAAAGGAAACAACCCCGGCGACAACCCCGGCAGCUGAACCGCCAAAAACAGAACAAGAAAUUGCCGCACAGGAAGCCAAACAAGAACAAAAAGAAGCCAUCCAAGAAGCACAAGAGAAACAAAAAGACGAACAAUUAGCACAAGCCGACACGGUCAAGGAAAAACAAGCUGAUGCGUUGGCAGAACAACAAGAGAAAGAGCAAGAGAAACAAGAACAAGAAGAACAAAAACAGGCGGAAGGAGAAACAACAGCCACUCCUAAUACACCGACGACUACUCCAUCAACUACCACUGCUGAGACAACUUCACCACAAGGCACAGAAGUCAAUAACAAUGUAAAUAGAAAAGGUGCGUAUAAGAGACUUGUCCGAUCGUCUCGUGGAUUGGGACUUAAAAGAGUUGCUGGAAGGAAUAUAAAGAGUGCGACCACACAGACUGCUGUUGCGAAUCAAAACAAAGAAGACUCAAAUGAUGUUGCACAACAAGAAACAAAACAGGAAGAUCCACAAAGUGCUUUGGAUGAAAAUGUACCAAAAGAUAAUCAACAAGAAGGCACUCAAGGAAAUCAGAAACAACAAGAAAGUAUGAGUCAAUACGCGAAGAAAAGACUCUACAAAGGUAAAUCAAGUCAUCCAUAUAGUAAACUCUUCGGAAAAGGAUAUGGAUACUAUGGCUCACAAUUCAUUAGUGGAAGAUAUCCCUUCAUUUAUAACCACCCUAUGUUCAAAAGCUUUUAA